UUUCACUAAAAAAAAAAAAACUCCACAAAAAAUGCUAAUCGGAGGUGAAAUUCGAGUGAUGAGUAAAGUAGAUUGGAUUGAGAAUUUGCUUAGUAUUAAGUUUUUCGAAUCGUGUGGAUAUCACAGAGAAUUGAGAAGAAAUGAGAAGAAUAUGUUUUGUAUUGAUUGUAAUCUCUGUUUCUGUAAGCAUUGUGUAUCUUCUUCGUCGCAUUGCUUCCAUGAAUGGCUUCAAAUCUGCAAAUACGUUUAUCAUGAUGUUGUUAGACUUCAUGAGAUUCAGAAACAUCUAAAUUGUGCGGAAAUUCAGACUUACAAGAUUAAUGGUGAAAAAGCUAUACAUCUAAAUCCACGUCCUCAAUCUAAAGAUAGCAAAACUUCAAAAUUAAAGGGGAGUGUAACUUGUGAAGCUUGUGGGAGACACCUUCAAGAUUUACCAAAUCGAUUUUGCUCCAUUGCUUGCAAAGUAUCCAUCGAUGCAAAUAUUUGCAAAGGACGUCAGAAGAACUAUAUCUCCAAUCAAAUUUCGAAAUUUGAUCACUCGAAUGAAAAUGAAUCUUGUAUCUCUUUGAAUGAGUCAUCGGAGGUAAUUCAAACAUGGUGCAUUUCACCUUUGAAACCAAAGAAGAAUUUGCACAAAAGGAAAGGUGUUCCUAGAAGAGCUCCUAUACGUUAAAAAUAAACGUUAUUACUAGUAUUUUACUAGUAAAACAGAGACUCAUCGAUUAAAAAAAAAACUUAUGAAAAGAUCUAUUACUAUAUUAACGUAUGAAAAUUGACCACAAAUAGUGAUGGUGAAUAUUGAUCUUGCAAUUUUAUUUUAUAUUUUAAAGUAUGGUUUCUAGUUGGGAUGUACAUGAACAUAUGAUAACAAUAAUGUCAAUCUAUUAUACAAAAAAGUAUUCAAUUAUAA